AUGUUAUCUAUGCAAACCUAGACUUAACUUCAAAAUAAUUCAAUAGUUAAAAAUAAUAAUAGCAGUGCAUUAAAUGAUAAAUACUCAGAGCAGGAGUAUUCAAACUACAUUGAUUCCUCUGAUGUUGUCAUUUAGAUCUAUAAAAACUCUUCUGCUGUAGGCUUAGAAAAGUAUUUUUUAAAAAUAGAGGAGUGGCUUGAUAGACCUUUGAAUUCAUAGGAAGAAAAUAAACCAUAUGUGAUAGAGGCAGAUGAAGGUGUAGGCAAAAAAACUCUCCUUGUGAAAUGGAUGGAAUAUCAUGAAACUAAAAAGAAAAAGAGAUAUCCAGAUAUAAUUCUUUCACAUUUUGCUUCAUCGGGAGGUAACAAUGCUAAUUACUUCUUUGCAAUUUAUAGAAUCCUCAAUAAGCUCCGUGAAGCCUUAGAUAUCUAACAAAAAGUUGAAUUGUUAGAAGAAAAGCUAAGAAAAUAUUUUUCGUAUUGGCUAAAUCACUGCAGUGAUAAAUUAGAGAAGCAACUUAAAUAUGGAGAAAAGGUUAAUUACGAUAAAGUUAUUAUAAUCAUAGAAGGUAUUGAUCAGUUCAUAGAUUAAUAAUAUAACAAGGAAGCAAAUGUAGCAUUUUGGUUACCAAAGUUUUUCCCUGAACAUAUUAAAUUAAUUGUCACUUGUGAUAAGAGCUCAUAAGCCAAUUCUUAUUUUAGAAGUAUUGGAUGUGAUAUUUUGAAGAUUCCUGUUGAAGUUAGCAUAGUGCAGAAUAUGAUAGAUAGACACUCUAAGCGUCCUUUAUUUAUAAAUGACACACUUAAAGAGAAGCACAUAAAUUUCCUGAAACAUUUUGAUGAAAAGUGCAAAAAUUAAAGUUUUUAUAAGAUAUUUUUAUGCUCUUUGUUACCUUACCCUGUAGAUGAUAUCAUCACCUAGCAAGAUAUUCCUGAAGGAACUUUUGAGAAAAUAUUUGAAAAAUUGGAUUAUGAUAAGUUGGCUGAAGUUAAAGAUUUCAAUUAGCUCAUCGAAUUUAUUUUAGAUUUUUACUCUAACUCUUUAAUGAAUAAAGACAAAUUUAUUAAGUUGCUUAGAGUAUUUACUCUAACAUAAAAAGGUUUGACUAUUGAAGAAAUUAUGGGAGUUACCUUGAUAACAGAAGAUGAAUGGAAGCUUUUCCUUGCUUGCUUUAAAGUUUUUAUAUUAAGCUAUAAAGGUAUGUGGAUAAUGAAUAAUGAUGCUCUCAAAAAGGUAAUAAACGAGAAAUUCAAAUAAGACCAAACAUAACUUAGACUGUUGCAUUAAGAUAUAGCCUAAAUUUUGGGUAAAAUAACACCUAAUUCUAUUCGUAAAUUAGAGGAACAAACAUACCACUUGUUUAUGAGCAAAGAUCAUUUCAAGCUAAAAGAAAUCAUUUCAGCAAUAGAAAACUUUUUGUUACUUUUUAACCCAAAUAACAAAUAUGACCUCUGUCGCUAUUGGUAGAAUUUAGAAGAAUAAGGCUUUGAUCCUGUCAUUGAAUAUAAUAAAGCUAUCGAAGGAUUUGAAAUGCAUUAUCAUCCUAGCAGUUAAGAUGUAUUCAGAAUUAUUGUUUAGAUUUCAAGAUUCUUAAAGGAAUUUUCAGAUUUCGAAACAUAUUUUACUCCUGAAUUUCGUCACCCACCAGUAAAGGGAACAUAUGAAGAGUUAGAUGACAUUGGUUUAUUGAGAGAGCUUCUAGGUUUACAAAUUUUUACACCUACAGAAGCUGAAGAAGGAGAUAAACCUAUUGAUCUUGAUAAAUUUUAGCGUACUCCUGAAGAAAAGAUUGCUGACAAAAAGGAAAGAAUGAAACACAAAAAUAAAAAAGAAUCUACUUUAAAAAAGAAAAGUGAUUAAGAUGAUCCUUAUGGCGAAACUUAAAAGUCUUCAAAUAACCAACAAAUUUAAAAGAAAGAAAAGAAACCAAAAAAAUUUAUGAUUCUUUCAAAAAUAGAAGCUCUGAAUGUUGACAUACCUAGCUCACGUGAAUAGUUUAGAAAAUUUUAUGAAAACCAAAUUAAAGAAAUAAUGAAGUAAAAUAAUCAAAAUCACACUGAAGAAAAUGAAAACGAAGAUGGAGAUGAAGAGUCAUCUAGUUCUGGUGAUGAAGAUUCUGAAAAUGUGGAGUUAAAAACAGAAAAUUAAAAUGGUGGUAUGCCUAGCUUUAUUGAUAAAGAUAAAUCAAAGAAAAAGAAGAAAUGUCAUCCUUAAAUUAUUACUCUAAGUCAGCUCAGAGAGUCUUACUAUCUAAAGGAGAGAUUGCCAACAAAUUACUACUAUAAAAGAUGGCUUUGGGUAUAAUUCCCAUGGGCAUGCUUAUCUUUAAAGUGUGACUACUCUGCUAAGCUAAAGGAAUGUUUUUCAUCUCCUAUUGAAUAUAUGAGUGUAAAAAAAGAAAAAGAGUUUACUAAGUAGGCUUUGAAGAUUGCUAUUGAGGCGAAAUUGAAAAAAUAGAUGAUGUAUAAAAAGUAAAAUAUGAGCGAUUCUCAAUCUAUGAUUAAGCCUAUUGGUGGUGGAGAUUCCAUCCUUAUCAAGACUAAUGCGAGUUAUUAAAAUCUUCCUUCAUUAAAUACAAAUAGAAAAACUAAAUCGCUUCUUAAUCAAAGCAACAGUUAAAAUAUCAAUGUAGGAUAGAGCAGUUUACAACCUAAUGGUAAAGAAGGUACCUAAACUAUAGCAAUGAAAAGAAAUUUAAGACAUUCAAAUGGAUAGUCUCCUUUCUACAUAACUGAUGAAUAUCUUAAUUAAAAUACCUUAAAUAGAGAGCUAGAGAUUACUCACGCGAAUACCACAACUGGAGCUGGAGCUCAAAAUAUUAAUUUGAAUCAAUCGUAAACCUAUAAUCUCCAAAAUACAUCUAAAAUUCUUGAAAAAAGUAGAGUUUUUAAAGAUAAAAGCAGAUUUUUUGAUCCUAUUUCUAGCAUUUAAGACUCACAAAAUUUAUCUACUAUACUCCCAAGACUAAAGUCAAAUAUAGCAACUCACUCAAACAAGGAAUUAUACUUACUUGAGUAAUAGGCAUUAGAUAUGAAAAAGGAACUUGAUCAUUUGAUCCACACAAAUAAAUGUUUAGCUAAAAACUUGAAAGAGCUAAAAGUCCAUGAACAUAUUUAGCAUAAAUAUGGUACAAAUCCUGAGAAAGUAGAUGAUGCUCAAACAAGAAUAAUGGACCUUGAAAAAAAUAUUUCUGAGACUGAAGAAAACUAUUUGCUUGGAUUAAUGCAGAUAGAGAGAUUAAAAAGUAUAUUAAAAAUUUGUGAAGACAACAAAUAGUAAAACGAAGAUUGGAUUAGAAAUUUAAAUAUGCUUUUAUCAAACUUCCGUAAAGUAAUUAAACAGGAGCAAGAAGAUAUUAAAUCAAUUAAGGAAGAAUGCAAUUAGCUAUAGAAGCUAAACAAAGAGUACGUUAUUGUCUUUUAGGAAAAGAUGGAUGCUCAGAAAACUCUUAUCAAUUAGAUAAACAAAUAAAUUAAGAGCAAAGAAAAAUUUGAUUCGAUGUUCGUUAAAACAGACAAUAUGAUUGAGUAAAGUGCUAUCGAGUAAGUAGAAAAACUUAAAUCUGAUCUCAAAGGAUAGGAUAAUCGUAAAAAGUAAAAAGAUAAAUAGAGUUAACUCGAAAAGAAUUCAAAGUAAAUAUUAGAAUAGCUCGAAAAGGCUGAAGCAUAAUAUUAAAAGUUAAAAUAAGUCAUAGAUAUUUCUGACCCUAACUACUCAAGCUCUGAGAAAUUCUAAUUCCUAUUAACAGCUAGAGAAAAAAGAGAUGACCUUACUGCUAUAGUCCUUUAAAGAUAGGAUGUUAUUUCAAACUUAAAAUAAAGACUUGAAGAUAAGUAAAGCUACUUAGAAACUGUGAAAAAAGCUUAUUCUUCUGUUGCAAAAGAAUAAGAUUCUUAAGGACAGAACCAAAAUGGAAAUGAACAAAGUAGUGAAGAAGGACCUAAUCAAGAAGAUUUAUCUGAAGAAGAUUACCUUUAAAAAAUUGCAAAUUUAGAAAGCCAAUACGAAAAUAAGCAGAGAUAAUACAAUAAAUUACAAUAAGUUAGAUUGUCUGCUUCAAUGACAAUUUCUACUAUUUAGAGAAAAUUGCAAAUAGAACAAGCAACCGAUGUGCGUGGAACUAUAGAUUUCUCAGAUGAAAGUAUAAUAGCUAAUCUUGAUGAUAAAAUGGUAAAAAUCAAAGAAUAAUUACCAGCUGAAGAAUAUGAACUAUUUGUAAAUGGAAAAUAUGAUUUUUCUAAAGUUUAUCGUAAAUUAAUUACAAACAUUGGUAUUCCCGAUUAUGACGAUGAUUAGGCAGAUAUCCUCUCUAAUAGAGAAAUUUGA